GACCAAUAGGAGGCUUCAGUGCGAGCGCGGAUAAACGGAUUUGUUGUUGUUGUUGUGCAGUGAUAUCUGUGUUUUUACCGACUAUAACGUUUUGUUUACAGGAGCUUUAAAAUCCUCCCAGCAUGAGUUUGUCUUUAAGAACUGAACUAUCAGCGGACAAAGCAAAGCGUAAGAAGAGGAGAGAGCUCACUGAGGAUCAGAAACACGAAAUCAAAGAAGCUUUCGAGCUGUUUGACACCGAUAAAGACAAAGAAAUAGAUUAUCAUGAGCUGAAGGUUGCGAUGCGAGCGCUCGGCUUUGAAGUGAAGAAAGUUGACGUUCUGAAGAUUCUUAAGGACUACGACAGAGAGGGAAACGGCAAAAUAACAUUUGAAGAUUUCAAUGAAGUUGUGACCGACCGCAUACUGGAGCGAGACCCAAAGGAGGAGAUUAUGAAGGCCUUUAAGCUGUUUGACGACGACGAAUCGGGAAGGAUCAGUCUGAGGAACCUGAGACGAGUCGCUCGAGAGCUCGGGGAGAACGUCAGCGACGAGGAGCUGCGCAGCAUGAUCGACGAGUUCGACAUCGACGGAGACGGUGAGAUAAACCAGGACGAGUUCCUCGCCAUCAUGACCGGAGACUCCUGAUGAGCAGCGAGACGUCUGACGGAGUUUUACUGUCGCUGAGGACAAACUGUCGGUUUGUACAUGAAGACGACGAACAACACGGAUGCACAGCUUCCUCUCGAGGGUUCGAGGCGGACUUGAAUUUAUACUUAAAUUAAUUACAGAAGAGGAUCGGACUGUCUGAAAAGGCCACAUUGUGUUUUUAGGAGGAAGAGGAUGUGACUCAAACGCUGUAAAUAUCAUUCUGGUCUUUUAGUCAAACGUGCUCUAAGUGUCUUUCUGUCUCAGUAAAACUGUAAAUUCACCUCAAAGUGCUGAAGUGUAACAAAGACCGUGGAUUUGAUGUUGUUAGUCCAGUCGAUUAGAUUCGCAUCUAAAUAACUGUUGUGGAAAAUAGGGGCCAAUUAAUCAUUCAUUCAUUCCUGCAGUGAUUCUGUCUGUCUGGAUAUUUUUAAGGAGAACUUGGUAAAGCACAUUUCAUUGACUGUUUUUCACUGGUUGUGUUUGGGGUUUAUACAAUACAUGAAUGUUUGAAUGUGAUAUUUAUUUUGUACAAAAUAAAUUGGUUUGCCAGAA